AUGAAGCAAAGCACCUGGCACAUCAUCCUGCUCCUGGCCGCCGCCGGCAACGCUGCUGCCCAGCGCGUCGUCCAGGCCAGCGUCCAGCACCUCGAGAGCGAGGAGCUGGGGCCCGCGGUGCCGCUGAUCAAGUUCGGCCUCGGCACCCCGGCACAGGAAAUCACCGGCAUCUUCGAUACGGCGUCCUCCGACAUCAUCGUUCCCGAGGCCGCCCCCUUCAAUCCCGACGCCGCGGCCGACCUGCAGAGCCUGGAUGGCAAGUCCUUCAACGCGACGCUGAGUCGUGGCGAUCACUACGAGGGUAACUACUCCAAGACGACCGUCACUCUUGGCGGUGCCGAGGUGUCCAGCGCGCAGGUCGGGUUGGCGUCCAUCGUCCAGACGCGAGCCAACAUCUCCGACUUGGCAGUGGUUGGCGUGGGACUGGUCGCUCUUGAAGCGACAGAGAGCAAGUACAACAACCUUCCGAGGAGAUUGAACGAAUCUGGCGUCACCAACAGCCAGGCCUACAGUGUUGUCCUCAACGCAACCCCACUCGGCAAUGGCAGCGUCUUUUUCGGCGGCAUUGACCGAUCCAAGUUUGAGGGCGAGCUCCAGCAGGUCCCCAUCGCCAAGGACAAGGACGGCAAGAUCUCCGAGUUCCUCGUCGAGCUGAGCUCCAUCGCCUUCGUCCCGGCGGCAGCGCCAGGCACGGCCAGGCGCAGCACGUGGCAGGAGCUGCGUGAGCGCAUGAGGCGCGGACCGUGGAGGGGAGCUGGCGGACCUAGAGGCUGGCUCGGCCGCCGCGCCACUGUCAACAGGAAGCGCCAGGAGUUCGAUUUUGGUGGUGGCGGCGAAGAAUUCGUCGGUGGUGGCGAAGAAUUUUCCGGCCCCGGCGGUGGUGAACAAUUCUUCGACUCUGGUCCCGGUGAACAGUUCUCCAGCCCCGGUGGUAGCGACCAGUUCUUCAGCCCUGGCCCCGGCGAUCAGUUUUCCAGCCCCGGUGGUGGCGACCAAUUCCUCGGCCCUGGUAAUGGAGAUCAAGGUCCUAGCGAUGGCAGAAACGUCGAUAACAAUUUCCAGGGUCGUCCUGAUGACAACUUCCAGGGCCGUCCCGAUGACAAUUUCCAGAGUCGUCCUGAUAACGGGAACCAGGGUCGUCCCGAUAACGGAAAUCAGAAUAUUCCCGAUAAUGGUUUCCAGAAUCGUCCUGGAGACACACCGCAGAAUCGCCGCAGAAUCAAUCGUCCGCCGCAGAAUCGUCCGGAUGACAGGCCGCAGAAUCGUCCCGAGGACAGCUUCCAGAAUCGCCCUGAGGACAGCUUCCAGAAUCGCCCUAAGGACAGCUUCCAGAAUCGUCCUGAUGACACACCGCAGAAUCGCCCCGGUGGCAAACAACCCGUACCCGGGGAACAACAGGGCGGCAGUAACAGCGGCGUCGACAGCAACAGUCCCGGCAGGGAAGACCAGAGCCGUGGAGGCUCUCCUGCUGAUGAUACACGCGGUGGUGAUGAGAACAGCAUCAAGAACCCUCCUGAUAACGUCGUCGAGAAUCCUGUUGACGGAAAAGCCCCCAUCGACAGCAAAGACCCUAUAAACAGCAAGAAGCCCGGCAACAACCAGGGCGUAACUGAUGGCAACAACCCUGGCGAGGACCCUACCAGCAACAGCCCUGUGAAUAACGACGGCGGCAAGAAAAAGGAUGGCGGUAGCCAGGAAGCUCCCCAGCAAGAAGCACCAAAGCCAGAAGCCGCCCCCAAGCAAGAGCCCGGCAACAACCAAGGCACACCUGAUGGCAACACCCCUAGCGAGGGUCCUGCUAUCAACGGCCCUGUGAACGACGGCGGCAAGAAGCAGGAUGGCGGCAACGAGGGGGCCCCCAAGCCGGAAGCCCCCAAGCCGGAAGCCCCCAAGCCGGAAGCCCCCAAGCAAGAGCCCGGCAACAACCAAGGCACACCUGAUAGCAACACCCCUAGCGAGGGUCCUGCUAGCAACGGCCCUGUGAACGACGGCGGCAAGAAGCAGGAUGGCGGCAACGAGGGGGCCCCCAAGCCGGAAGCCCCCAAGCCGGAAGCCCCCAAGCCGGAAGCACCCAAGUCGGCAGCACCGAAGCCAGCACCGACACCAGCAGCACCGAAGCCAGCACCGAAGCCAGCAGCACCGAAGCCAGCAGCACCGAAGCCAGCAGCACCGAAGCCAGCAGCACCGAAGCCAGCAGCACCGAAGCCAGCAGCACCGAAGCCAGCAGCACCGAAGCCAGCACCGAAGCCAGAAGCCCCCAAGAAAGAGGCUCCCAAACAAGAAGCUCCUAAGAAAGAGGCCCCCAAGCCAGAAGCCCCCAAGAAGGAGAACGGCAGCGGACAGCCCGCCAAGCCCAGCGGCGCGAUCGAUCUCAAGCUCGACCCCCGCAGCGCCGUCACCCUCAUGAGCACGGCCGGCGGCGCGAUGGCGCUGCCCGCCGCCGUCCUCUCCGGGAUGGCCCGCGCGCUCGGCACCAGCUUCUCCGCGACCGACGGCCUCGGUCCCGUCGACUGCGGGCGUCUGGGCGGCGGCGCGGCGCUACUCCUGCGCUUCAGCAACGACACGGUCGAGGCGCGCGUGCCGCUGGCCAACCUGCGCGUCUCCGCCGCGCUUGCGGACCCGGCGCUCGCGGCGCGCGGCCUCUGCGAGGUGGCGGUCCGGCCGGUGCCGGACGGCGGGGCGGAGGUCAACGUGGCGACGCUGCCGUUCUUCGCGGCCGUGUAUACGGUGUUCGAUCUCGGCAACGGGAGGCUGUGGUUCGCGCAGGCCAAGGGCGACCCAGGCGUGCCAGGCGGCGCGCAGCUGGAAGAGUUCCCUUAA